AUGGUAGCGGCCAGCUACCAAUCCAGUGUUGACAGGACGUUGCUGCUGAGGUUGGUCCACUGCUGUGCUGCAGCCCAGCUGUGGGCAUCAGCAGGCCUGCAGAGGGCUCUGCAGCACAGGCUGGAUCUGUCCUGCUCCUCCUUUAUGGACCUGGAACAGGAGGAGCAGAGAGAAGCUUUGAGGCUGACGGCUGCUGACUGCUGGGCCCUCUCCAUCAUCCUGGGGUACAGCAGCCAGGAGAUACAGCUCGACCUCAGAGACUGUGAGGUGGACGACUUUGGGCUGGACCUGCUGCUUCCUGUUCUGGACAGAGUCCAGCUCAGAGCCAGCAAAGCCGUCCUCCUGCAGCUGGUGUCCCUGAUCCCUCUGCACAGUCAGAGGGACUCGGUCAAACGUGCAGCAUCUCUGUGGAGAGCUCUGGAUGGAGAACUGGACCUCAGUCACAGCACACUGGAUCAGUGGACCUGCAGCUCUUUGGCUCGGCUGCUGGACUCGUCUGAAGGUCUGACAGAGCUGGACCUGAGUCACUGUGAGCUCACUGACCAGCUGCUGCACACACUGAUCCCACAGCUGCACAAAGUCCAAGUCCUGGAUCUGAGUCACAAUAAACUGACCGAUGCCUCCACCAACAUGUUACUCCACCUGACCUCCAUCAGGUCCUCCAUUCAGUCUGUGAGAGUAAUCAGGGGAGACGUGGAGACCUGUGCUCACCUUCUGCAGCACUUAGACACAGUUGCAGUGAGGGAAGGAGGUUUCCUCUGCUGGUCUCAGACAGCAGCAGAAACAUCAGCCUCCCUUUCAGUGGAGAUCAGUUCUUAUGUGCUGUUGGCCAAACUCAGCGCCUCCCCGACUGCUGAGGAUCUGGGAUAUGCCUCUGGUAUUAUCAGGUGGCUGACUGGGCAGCAGAACUAUUACGGAGGCUUCUCCUCCACUCAGGUACUACACCACCCGAACAGCAUGAAGCUCAUCUUUGAGUUCAUCUACAGUCUUGGACCAAAUCAGAAGAAAUAAUCCUGAAGCUUUCAU